AUGCCGGUAGCACUGACCUCUCACAUCAUGAAGGCCAUGGAGAGACUGGUCCUGGCACACCUCAGACCACUGGUGUGCCCAUCACAAGACCCCCUGCAGUUCGCAUAUCAGCCCCAUGUUGGGGUUGAUGAUGCAAUCAUCUAUCUGGUGCAGAAGGCUUACUCCUCCCUGGAAGACCCAACACCUCAGCACCUGGUCGACAGCUUUGUGAAGUGGUGUGGGGAGAACCACCUACAGCUGAACGUGGUGAAGACGAAGGAGAUGGUGGUGGACUUCAGGAGAAACAAGCCCCUGCCCUCUCCUGUCAGCAUCAGUGGGACGGAUGUGGACAUACAUCCAUACAAGUACCUGGGUAUCACACUGGACAAUAAACUGGACUGGUCCACCAACACAGACUUUACUUCCUGUGGAGGCUCAGGUGUGCUCUCAGGUGUGGUCGCAGCCUCAGAACUGGCCUUUCUCAAAGAGCCCUGUGAUGUCAUCGCUGUGAGGGACCGCCCCCUGAUGCUGGACUGUCAGGUGGAGGGGGAGGGGCCUAUCUCUAUCACUUGGAGGCGAAAUGGCAUUCCCGUGGCAAUGGGUGUCAAGGCGACGGUGCUCGGUAACGGCACGCUGCUCAUCCGUAACUUCUCGAAAAGACGUGAAAGUAACGAGACGGACGCAGGAGAGUACGACUGUGCUGCACAGAACCACUACGGCAUGUUGAUCAGCCGCAAGGCCCGAGUCCUGCUCGCAUCCCUCCCUAAGUUCCUGUCUCACCCACAGUCUGUGGCUGUAGAUGAAGGGGGCGUGGCCAGACUCACCUGUCAGGUGAAUGGAAUCCCAGAGGCCAACAUCACAUGGCAGAGAGACCAACACCCACUGAGCAUUGAGGACCCCAGGUACACGCUGCUGCCUAACGGCGUGCUGCAGAUCACCGGCGUUCGCAGAACAGACAGCGGUUUCUUUCGCUGUGUCGCCUCCAACAUCGCCAACACUCGAUACAGCCACGAGGCCCAGCUGUCUGUCACCGUUGCAGGGUCCAGGAUCUACCGUGAACCCACCAUCCUGUCUGGACCUCAGAACCUCACCAUCAACGUCCACCAGACGGCCAUCUUGGAGUGCAUCGCCACAGGAAACCCACGGCCCAUCGUGUCCUGGAGUCGCCUUGACGGACGUUCCAUUGGCGUGGAGGGAAUCCAGGUGUUGGGAACAGGAAACCUGAUGAUCUCUGACGCCACGCUGCAACAUUCAGGAGUUUAUGUUUGUUCAGCCAACAGACCAGGAAGCAGGUCCAGAAGAACGGCGCUGGGACGUCUCUUUGUACAAGCUCCUCCAGAGUUUGUUCAGUGGCCUCAGUCUGUCUCCAGACCAGCAGGAGGCAGUGCCGUCUUCAGCUGUACGGCAUCCGGCGUCCCUGAACCACACCUCAUCUGGCUGAAGAAUGGCAAACUCCUGACACCCAGCGGCAACGUCAAGCUCACCAAUGGAAACACGACUCUCGCCAUCACACGUAUCACCGCCGAGGACGAGGCCAUCUAUCAGUGCAUUGCAGAGAACAGUGCUGGCACCAACCAGGCCAGCGCCCGCCUCGCCAUCAGCCAGGGGCCUGAGCUGCCUGAGGCCCCCACCGGCCUCCGGGCCACCACCCUGAGCUCCAGCAGCCUGCAGCUGACCUGGGGUGAGCCGACAGAGCACGUCAGCCAGCAGAUUAUAGGAUAUGUCCUGCACAUCAGGAGACUGGGAGAGCCCGACAGUGCAGAGCUGCAGGAGGCUGUAAGUAAAACCACCUUCAGACACGAGUUCAACAACCUAGACGCAGCCACCACCUACUCCAUCUACCUAAAGGCAUACUCCGCCCUGGGAGGAAGUCAGCAGUCCAACACCAUCACAGCCACAACGCAAGGGGGCGUUCCCAGUCCUCCCAGUUUCUUCACGAAGGUCCUGAACCAGACUGCCAUGCAGGUGUACUGGGAGCUGCCCAGCAAGCCAGGGACAUUGGAGGGCUUCAGACUGGAGUACCGUGGGGUUUCCAACCCAGACUUCCAGGGGCAGGAGACCUUCCCAGGACACAUCAACACCCACACUAUCUCCCACCUGGAGCCAGCAGCCGUUUAUGAGAUCCAGCUUGUGGCAUUUAACGGGAACGGAGAUGGUCCGUCCAACCACCGCCUGGUGUCUCUGGCAGAAGGAGGAGACACUGCACCAGCUGGUCCGAGCUGUAACUGUGGUCCAUCUGACGGCUCGGUGUCAACUCUGCUGGUCGGCAUUCACAGCGGACUCGCCUGCAUCCUCUGCUGUCUGCUCUUCAUCCUGCUGGGAUACAGACGCAGGUGAGAUCAUCGUCAUCAUCACCGUCAUCGUCUUCGUCAUCAUCAUCAUCAUCACCAUCACCAUC